AUGUCGGCCCCAAAUGAACCUUUCUAUCUUCGCUACUACUCAGGUCACUCUGGGCGGUUCGGGCAUGAGUUCCUAGAAUUUGAUUUCCGUACCCUUGGCGAUGGUCGCAGCUCCGCCGUGCGAUACGCGAAUAACUCCAACUACCGCAAUGAUUCCCUUAUCCGCAAAGAGAUGUGCGUGAGCGCGUCGAUGAUGCAGGAAGUCAAGCGUAUCAUCAAAGAGAGUGAAAUCAUGAAGGAAGAUGAUUCCAAGUGGCCGCAGAAGAACAAGGACGGACGACAGGAACUGGAGAUCAGACUCGGAAACGAGCACAUCUCUUUCGAGACCGCGAAAAUCGGCUCCCUAGUAGAUGUCACCGAGUCGGCCGAUCCUGAAGGACUUCGAGUGUUUUACUACCUUGUCCAGGACCUCAAAGCCCUCAUUUUUUCUCUCAUCUCCCUCCACUUCAAGAUCAAGCCUAUCUAA